UGCGAGUGUAUGUCUGCGGCAAGACGUCUACUGGCUCAUGGUCUAUCCCCUUGCGCGCCUCAAGCACCCUCGGUAGCGUUCGAUUUGAACAUGCUGGAACUCGUGGCUACCCUCUUUGUGAACAUCUCGCCGAAUGUUACGGCUUUAGCCGCUACGUUAGAGUCCUUCUUGAGCGUACGACAAUACAAGGUU